GACCCUGAAGCCAUUAUAAUGAUCGUUUCUCUUGGUCCUCAGGCAACAGCUGGUACUUUCCCUCCCUCCCGCCAUCCAGCAUCCAGCAUCCAGCGUCCAGCGUCCAGCAUCCAGCCGAAUCUGGAAUCUAUACCAGUGAACUGGGUGUGAACGGAAGGAGACUGGCUCAUUAUUUGCCAUUGUUUACUUCUGAGUGUGGGCAUUCUCACCGCUUCCCAUUCUGUCUCUCCUCUUUCCUUCCCACUUCUUCCCACUGGCUCAGCCACAAUACAACCAGCUCAUCAGCAUUUGGCCCUGGAGGACCUGCGGACUCAGGGGAGGAGGGCAGAGGCGGCGGGCGGGAGCAGCACCGCGGCGGUGACAGCGCACAGCCGGGCCCGGCCGCGCCGCGCCGCAGGACGCCCAUGCCCGGCCCGAGCCGCCCAGGGAUUGCUCAUGAGGCCUCUGGCGAGCGGGAGUAGGAAGAACCGCGGCGUAUCCCUGGGGCUCCUGGCCCUCUUCCUGGCCGCAGCCCGGUGUCUGCAAAGUCAGGGCGUGUCACUGUACAUCCCCCAGUCCGCCAUCAAUGCCACGGUGGAGGAGGACAUUCUGCUCUCGGUUGAGUACUCCUGCCAUGGCAUCCCCACCAUCGAGUGGAGGUAUACGUCUAACUGGGGAGCGCAGAAGAUCGUGGAGUGGAAGCCAGGGACUCAGGCCAACAUCUCCCAGAGCCACAAGGACCGACUCUGCACCUUCGACAACGGCUCCAUCCAGCUCUUCAGUGUGGGCGUGAGGGACUCCGGCUACUACGUCAUCACGGUGACGGAGCGCCUGGGGAGCAGCCAGUUUGGCACCAUCGUGCUGCACGUGUCAGAGAUCCUCUACGAAGACCUCCAUUUUGUUGCCGUCUUCCUUGCUUUUCUCGCUGCUGUGGCCGCGCUGUUAAUCAGCCUCAUGUGGGUGUGUAACAGGUGUGCAUACAAAUUCCAGAGGAAGAGAAGACACAAACUCAAGGAGAGCACCACCGAGGAGAUCGAGCUGCAGGAUGUGGAGUGUUAGCCAAGGCUGUGCCCAGUUCCAUUCCUACCUCAGAGGGAAAGUGUUAUUUUUCCAACAAAAGGGGCCAACAUGGCGGAACCACCCUCCCAUCCUCCUGUUGGCCAGCCUUGACCAGCCAUUCCUGAAGGCGCUACGGCUGUGAACAAAAUCAGCUGUGCGGAGUUGAGGACUUGGGUUGGACAAAGUCAGUUCUAGCACUCACAAGAAGUUCAGGGAGGGCCUGGCUGCUUGCUCAGCUGCGCUCUGGGGCCGAGGCCAGGGCGCAUCCAGACGGAGCGAGCAGCCAGCCCUGAACAAGCUCUCUGUGUUCUUCCCGCCCAGCCUGUCCCUCCCAUCUCUGCCGGGGGAGCUUCUUUGAAAAGUUCUACCAUGGUCUGCCUGCCGGGCAGAGGUGGAAGCUGCGAGGCUGCCUGAGGUGCUCAGAGCAGGGCCACGCCCUGGGCUGGAAGCUUUAAGGCGAAGAACUUCAUUUGUGAAUGAGGGACCAGCACUGGAAACAGGAAUUAGGGAGAAGAUUGCCUUUCUCUUCCUCUCUUAUUCUGACAUUAAUUGGAUUUUCCCCUCCUAUGGCCUCAGUUUAAACCAGUGGGAGGAACCCGGAUAUUCUUAGCCACUGUAGGCAGCAACUGGUGUCCAAAGGACUUCCUGACAAGCUGGGUCAUGGUACUUGUGUGAAAGUGAGCCUGCGUGGGGGCUGGAAUGACUAGAACGUUACCUGAGGCUUCAGAUCUCCGCUCCUCAGUCACCAACUCUUUGUUUUCAGUCAGGCCCUUGCGCUCUCCCCAGUGGGCUUAGGGAUGCUUGCCGCUCACCUACCUCACCAGAGUAUCACAUGAAGCCCACAGUAUGCAUGGAGCUCCUGGGCAGUUGAAGAAAAAGCAUGAGGAUUCUUCAAGGAUCUGGAAAGCAAUAAGCCUUCUACUGAACGCUGCCAAAAGGCCCAUGGGCAGGAAACCGGUUUGGAUCUGGGCAGCGGCUGCUGGAGUUCUGUGUCCUCUUCAACACUCCCUGCUUUCCAGAGCUGAACUUCUUGGUGCAUCAGAAGUCAGGCAUGGCCAUCUUCAGAAUACAAGGAAGCGCGGAGAGAUGCCUGGCUGGCUCAGGAGGUGGAGCACGUGACUCUUGAUCUCAGAGUUGUGACUUCAAGCCCCAUGUCAGAUUGGACCUUAUAAUGUGGACACAGAGGGAGGUUGAAUUCCUUGGAUGCAACAGACCUGUGAUUAUGCAGACCUCCUUGAUAACCCUUACACAGCAGUCUUUGUGAAUCUGUGCUCUGUGAAGUAUGCCUCCAGGAUGAAUUUCUGGAAGUAGACUGGUAGACAGGAAGCAGCAAGCUCUAGAACAAAGACCAAGCUCCGGUCACUGAUGGAGUGUCAGUCGCACGCACGUCCCGGUGCUUGCUAUUUCAGACGGAGGGUUUGUCGGGGAUGAAUGACCUAUGAUGUCCGUUCCCAUCCUAAAGUGCAAUUCCAAGAGCCUUUGGCCCCAAGUACAUAAGGCCGCGAAGACAUGGAGCAGGAAGUGAAGGGAGAAUGAAGGUAUGGAGACGGACCACACAGCAUGGCUAUCAAAAUGAGCUGGAGAAAAAGACAAUUUUCAUGGCCACAGAUGCACUCAGUCUUUACCAUCUGUGAAUGUGAACAAUGCAGGACAUUCUGAAAUGCUUUCUCCUACUGGUAAAUGAAAAUACAGGUGGCAUCUUCACUGCUUCCCAAAUUCGAAAACGCUUGACUUUUAGAGUCGUUUGAUGUUUGGUAUCUGCACAGCACUUUGGAAUUUCAUGCCCCUUACCAACUGUACUGAGGGAGGCCUCUGAACCAUCACUGAAGUGAGCAGGGGGCAUCCUUGUCCUUGCUGUACACCCAAGGGAACUGGCUUCGAGGGGGCAGCCUUGCCAAACGGAUGCAGCUGAGCAGAGGGAGAACCGACAUCUGAACGAUGCUCCUGCCAGCCUGCGAACAGAGUGAGGGACUAACUGGUUUUCUCCAACUGGUCUCCCAAGUUUCACAGCGCCUCUUUCCAACACCAGGUUAUUCAGGCUGCAACAACAAGCUGGAAAAUGUGAAUCGACACAAGGCCCAAGAGCUGCCAUUUCCUGCCCCUCCCCCACCAUUACCUCAGUUUCUGUAGUGGGUCAUGGCUCUUCACUACCCAGUGAUUUAAAAUAAUGGGGACAGGAGUGCAUACGAAGAUGGUGUCAGUCUUCAACUGUUCUACUCUCCUCAGAUGAAGUUUAAGAGAACAGGAGGUCGUCCCUGUGCAUGCGCUCUCUGCUCCGCUCAGCGUGGUCCCGUUGGAACUAGCUCAUGACGAGAGAGAAGAUGAAGCAUCCAGAAAUGUUUGCUUGAUAGCCAAUUUUAUGUCUAUUAUCAUAAAAUGGGAGGGUUUUUGUUUGGUAUCCCUUUAAAGUUUAAUUUUUCUAAUUCAUUUUUAUUUACCAAGAUACCAAUCUGCAGUGGAUGGAAAUUUUUUAAAAUGUUAAUCCUCUGGCAAAAGUCCAUGGAGAUUUGCUGUAUCAGAGUGUGAGCCCUUAAAAUCAGGUAAGACUCCUCGUGGGAGAAGAGCUGUCCAGAUGAGCUCAGGAUAAUUAGCUAAGGCAACUUUUGUGGGCUACCAUUGAAAAGGCUUAUUAAUUCAGAUUCAGACUGAUUUUUUAAAAAAUUUCUGUGUAAAGAAGGAUUAAAAGGGGACAGAAAAGCAAAUACGAAGAUGUUACGGUAUUUGGGACUUACAAACUCCAUUUUUCUUUUAAACUUUUUAAAGUUACUUCAGAGUCACCUUAUACAUGAUUAAAAGGGUUAUCUUCUAAAAAACUGAAAGCAUUUCUCAUAAGGAAAACACUGCUUAU